ACUUGUAAACAAACGCAUACAAAAAAAUUUUAAAUAAAAUUUUACCACGAAAUCGUUUCAUGUUUAUUUUUUAGUGAAAAUGAUUUUGGGUUUGAUUUUUUCUUUUGGAGUAAUAUUGGCAGCGUCAGGAUGUGGUACGUCUAAGUUUCAACGAGGCAAAGUAAUUGGUGGGACAACAGCAAUACGUGGCUCUUGGCCAUGGCAAAUAUUGAUAUUAAAUAACAAUAUACCGAUUUGUGGUGGAACACUUAUUGCUCCGAACUGGAUACUCACUGCUGCUCAUUGCUUAAACAAGACAAACGCUCAACAACAUGUUUUACGCGGAGGCGAACACAAUAUAAACAUUCAAGAAGGAACCGAAGAAGAUAUUCCAGCUGCAGAUUUUUUCAUCCAUCCAUCGUACAAUCCACGCACCGCAAAUAACGAUAUUGCCCUGAUUAAACUUUCCAGACCAUUUAAAAUUACUGAUUACGUAUCUACAGCUUGUUUACCAAACGAUGAAGUUCCGACAGGAGCUUCUUGUUAUAUAGCUGGUUGGGGAAAAGUUGCGUAUCCUGGACAAAUGACACAUAUUCUUCAACAAGGAAAUAUGAACGUUGUCGACAGACGUAAGUGUCAUACUUUAAACUCAAGAAACUUACCUUGGCCUAUAACAAAUUCUAUGAUAUGCGCUGGAGAUGGUGGAAGUAGUCCAAUGUCUGGUUGUCAUGGUGACAGUGGUGGUCCAUUAAUCUGUUACAAAAAUGGAAUUUGGGAAGUACAUGGCGCAGUGAGUCACGGAUCCGAUGACUGUCAAUCAGUUAAAGCAUAUACUGUUUUUGCCAAUGUUGCUUAUUUUAAACCAUGGAUUGAUGAAAUUAUAAAAUAACAUUAAAAAAAAGUUGAAAGAUUGCUGUAUUUUAUUUAAUUUAUAGAACGCAAAAAGUUCAGAACUCUAAUAAAUGUAUUUGUUUUUGUGUGGAA